AUGUAUCAAAAGCUAAUGCUUGAGAAGUAUCUCACAGUUGGUCUUUCUUCAGUCAAGAGAAAGAAAGAAAACUACCUAAUGGACACUCUAAAUUCCAUCUUCUCCCAUUCUUCCAAAGAGAAGCUCUCUAAGAUGGUCGUGGUGGUUCUCCUCGCUGACUUCGACCUGGCCUGGGUAGAGGAGACCAGGCAAAAGAUCUCCAGUGAGUUCCAUGUUCAUCUGAACCAGGGCGAGCUCCUGGUCAUCCAGCAUCUCUACCCUCCCCUGACGGGACUGAAAAGGAACUUCAAUGAUGCUCCGGACCGGGUGACCUACCGCUCGAAGCAAAAUGUGGACUAUUCCUUCUUGGUCCACUUCAGCGCCAACAUCUCGCAGUAUUUCAUCAUGGUGGAGGACGACGUGUUCUGCGCCAAGGGUUUCCUCUCUGCCAUACGCAAUCACGUGCUCAAGAUGGGCAGCACCCGGUGGACGACGCUGGAGUUCUCCAAGCUGGGCUACAUUGGGAAGCUCUACCACUCGGAAGACCUGCCACUGCUCGCCCGCUUUCUUUUACUCUUCUACCAGGAAAUGCCAUGCGACUCUCACUUUCGGACACUGCUCAUGCAGGACAAGGUCAUCCGCAUGCGCCCAUCUUUGUUUUAGCACAUGGGCAAGUUCUCAUCCUUCCAGGGGGCCUAUAAUCACCUCAAGGAUGACGAAUUUAUACAGGAGCCAGCCGAUAACCCACCUGCAGAGGUCCUGACCAACAUUGAGCCUUACAAGGACAAAACCCCCGUAAAUGCCUACAGCCAAGGUUCAGACUUCUUGUGGGGAUUGUCUCCCAGCCAAGGAGAUUAUUUUAUGGUGAUAUUCAACACGCCUGUGCUGCUCUCACGAAUCUCCAUUGAGACAGGAUCUGAGAAGAAGGAUAUUCUCUUAAAUGCUGUUGUUGAGGUUGGACGUGUCGUUGAGAAGUCACACACACCAUCUUCAUGCUCAGACCUCCACAGCUUGGGGUCACUGAAUGCGGGUCAGUUUGAAAUGAGAGAUAUUGAUCAGACUGUGAAAUCCGCUGUGGCCUGUUUACAAAUUCGAGUCACAGAAAAUCAAAAUGACUGGGUCAAGGUACAGAAUAUUCAGGUUUGGGAAAGAAGUUGAUAUGGGGACAUAAAAUCAAUAAUAAUAAUUAUUAUCAUUAUUAUUAUUAUCAUUAUUAUUAUUAUGUGUACACACACAAUCUAUUUAUAAAUCUCAAAAGGGGACUUUCUCAGGUCCCAGAAGCUGUUAAUAAACACUAGAUGGAGCCCUUGCAACUCAAUCGGGGGUUGUGUGUACACAAUGGGUUUAAUUAUAUGGAAGUUCAUUAACAUGCAGUGCUCUGUAAAAGAAGGACAAAAAUUGCAGUAUAUUACUGUUGUAAAUGUUGGUAUUUUUUCCUAGGUAUUGUUUGUUACCAUUCUCUUUAAUAGCUCAAUAUUAAAGCAUAUUUCUAAAGUACACUAUCCAA